GCACUGCCCUGCGCCGUGCCCUUCAGCCCGGUGCUGUGAGGAGAAAGCUCGCAGUUUAGGCCCGGAAGGUGGUUGUGGUGAUUUUCCUCGUAGUUGGCGGCUGAGGCCAGGCCUUAGGUGGGAACGGCCUCACUAUGAUGAGCGGACGGCCGGGCCGAGAGCCCUUAACGUUCCUGCCAGACGAAGCCCGAAGUCUACCCCCGCCCAAGCUGACGGACCCGCGGCUUCUCUACACCGGCUUCAUGGGCUAUUGCGCGGGCCUGGUUGAUAACGCGAUGCGGCGGAGGCCGGUGCUGUCGACCGGUUUACAUCGCCAGCUUCUGUAUAUUACUUCCUUUUUUUUUGUUGGAUAUUAUCUUUUAAAACGUCAAGAGUAUAUGUAUGCUGUGAGGGACCAUGAUAUGUUUGCAUAUAUAAAGUCACAUCCAGAGGAUUUUCCUGAAAAAGAUAAGAAAACUUAUGCUGAAAUUCUUGAAGAAUUCCAUCCAGUGCGUUGAAGUAUCCAGAAUGCUUACUCCAGUUCCACUGAUAUUUGUUAUCUCGGAAUUUUAUGGAACAUGUUUCCAUGACAUCUGGUGUUUGUAUUAAUCUAUAUGUUAACCCCUUGUAAUUAAAAUGGUCAUCACGAGUA